AUGGCCGCCGACUCGGGAAUGGAAACUUGUCCCUCGCCAGAGGCAGCCGACUCCAGGAAAAGACCACUCGACGGGGAUGCUGAAAACGGGGACAACAAGCGCUCCCACUUCAGUUCAGAUGGUGCAUCUGACGAGGAUAAAGCAAUUUCAGGCGGAGAUGGAACUUUCCAUUUCAAAUUGUUGGUACCCAGUGUCGCCGCUGGCGCCAUCAUCGGCAAAGGCGGCGAGACUAUCGCCCAACUGCAAAAGGAGACAGGAGCCCGCGUCAAGAUGUCCAAGUCACAUGACUUCUACCCAGGUACGACGGAACGCGUCUGCCUGAUAACGGGCAGCGUCGAGGCCAUUAUCAACGUGAUCGAGUUCAUAAUGGAGAAGAUUCGGGAGAAACCGGAUCUGACCAAGACGAUAUCGGACGGCACGGCUGACGGGAAGAUGCACGAACGCGAACGACAAGUGAAAAUAUUGGUGCCCAACUCGACGGCAGGCAUGAUCAUAGGCAAAGCGGGAAAUUAUAUCAAGCAGAUCAAAGAAGCGAGCGGAUCGUACGUCCAGAUUUCGCAAAAAGCCAAAGACGUCAGUUUGCAAGAGAGAUGCAUCACUGUGAUAGGAGAUAGAGAACAAAACAGGCAAGCUUGCUUGAUGAUCAUAGGCAAAGUGGUGGAGGACCCCCAGUCCGGCGCCUGUCUCAACGUCUCCUACGCCGACGUGAACGGCCCCGUGGCCAACUUCAACCCGACCGGCUCGCCGUUCGCCAAUCAGCAGACGGCAGCGGGCGCGUUCGGCGCGUCCACCGCCACCCUGAACGCCGCCGCCGCCGCUGGGCUCGGCGCCACCGUCUCGCAGGGCCUCGUACUCAGCGGCGGCGGCAUCAGCCUAAGCCUCAAUCUGACGGCGCCCGGCCAGAACAUCUCUAAUCUGACGGCGCAGCUGUUGGAUCACAUCAAGGUUCAACUGAGAAGUUCUGGAUUCGGAGAUUCGCAAAUAGUCGAAAUUUGCACGGCACUGACGGUCUUGGCCAAAUACGGAAUCAUCUCAGUAGGCUUGGAUUGUUUUUUCCCAGGUAUCAGUGGGGCGCAUCCCAGUGCACUGCCCGUUUCCAAUUACCUUAGCGUGAUGGAUCAAACGGGUACGACGAAUACCAGUACCGGCGUGUUCGGAGCCAUCGGGCAAGUCAGUUUAGGAGACUGUUUAGGUGCGAAUUCGGCCGCCCCCCGCUCCGCCCUCGAUCGCUACGAAUCCGCUUUCGAUCCGUUCAGGCACCAGGUGUCCGCCGCGACGGCGCCCAUCUCGCUCAACAACAACAGCUUCGGCUUGGGCACCACCGCCGGCCAGCAACAGGUGGCCAUGCUCAGCAAGAGCCCCACCCCCGCAGAGCUCAACGGCAACAAGGACACGAAGAACGUCGAGAUCGCCGAGGUGAUCGUCGGCGCCAUCUUAGGUCCGGGCGGGCGAUCGCUCGUCGAAAUCCAGCAGAUCAGCGGCGCCAACAUCCAAAUCUCCAAGAAGGGCAUCUUCGCGCCGGGCACGCGCAACCGCAUCGUCACGAUAACCGGCAACCCGCACGCCAUCACCACCGCCCAAUACCUGAUCGAGCAACGGAUCGCCGAAGAGGAGAUGAAAAGAGCGAGGAACAACGGCCUCGGCACGCUCGCGAUACAGUGAUCGACCUAACCGCCACCGCACCUAACCUCUCUCACUCUCUCUCGAGAACCUAACCUCAAACGGCAGAACGGAGGGACGGUUCACGCUGCACGUAACGUCAACGUAACGCGAACAUAACGUCAAGGUAAUUGGCUGGCAAUGGGCUCAAUGUAAACACCUAACCUGGAAGGGAUUCUCUGGGAACGCCGUGAUCCGGAAGGUCUACUCUCGACUGACGACCACGGCGACAUAGGCAAACAAUGGUACGUUUUUGAUGACCGGGCUAACGUCUGUCUCUGAAAUUAUUGAACUUUAAUAAAAAAAAUAGCAAAAAUAGUGGGUCAGGUCACAGGUCAUGUUCUAUUUAGUUUCUUAGAUAAAAUUAGCAACUGGCAAGUACCAUUUUACAUCGACCAUUCAAGUUUAAAAAUUGCGAGACAGGAUCCUAUAGGUAUUUUUGUAUUGGUUGCCGACGAGUUUCUGAUAAACAGAAGAUAUGUUGGACAAGUAAUUAUUACUAUGGAGGUUAUUGAUUGGAGAAAUAUUCAAGAUACUGAUGUGUGGGCUUUUUUCAGAUAUUUCUCUACUAAGUCAUCAAAUGAGCUAAUUUUUUGUUUUUUUGUCUGAUUCUCAGUGUGAUCUGAGUUGUUUCAGUAUCUUGCUAUAAUAUUAUUCUGAAGUUGUGACCACCUACUCAAUUUGAUAUCAUCAUUUGGAAUCAUGGAAUCCCAACUUAUUAUCACCUAGUUAAACUUGGACCUGCAUCUCAUUCAAUACUACAACUUGGGAAGAUAUUUUCAUUACAUUUGACUGGAAACCUAAUUGAUAAAAAUAAAUUUCACCCUCUGUCUCACAUACUUUCCAAUCUAACUGAGGGUGUCUUGAUUCUUAGCAAAAUUCUCAGGAAUGAUCCAUCUCUAAGCGAAAAUGUAUCUUAUCUAAUAAUAUCUGUUUCAACGAAAUAAAUUGCACACACUGCAGAUAUAUUGUACAGGAUGAGCGGAACUCAAUAUCUCACCUAUAUCAUAAGAAAGAAAAACGAUGGAAACAUUUUGAAAAGAAGAAACAACAAUCAAUUCACACCAACAAAUCCAGUCCUUUUGAUAAAACAAAACACGCCAAAUGAAGCGAUAUUUCACAUAACUAAAAACAAAUACUCCUAUUAUUGGAUAAAAAAAAAUACACACCUAUCCGACAUUGAACAACACGAGUAUUAAAGAGGCAGGUUACCGUAGCACAAGAUAUCUCUGUUGCAGCUGCCCCUGACACACUGCUAUUCGAGAAAACGGCAGUCUCCCUUCCAGUUGUUUACAUUGAGUUCAUUGACUGCUGCUGGUACUCAAUGUUAAUGCGCAGGUCUGAAUAACGUUAAAUAUGCAUGUAACGCUAACAAGUGCUGAGCAUUCUCGAAGGUAAUAUUUAGUACCUUCAAUGUCGUUGUAGGACGUCAAAAUAUGGUAGGACUUCAAGAUAUGCUGAGCGUAACGGGAACACUAUAAAAAUAACGUCCAAUCUGUCAAGGGCAAUGUAUUAUACAAAUGUAAACAUUCAUUUCACGUAGGACUUCCACAUAUGCUGAGCAUAAUGUGAACACUAUAAACGUAACGUCAAGUCUCUCAAAGAUAUAAUUUUAUAUACCUUCAAGGUCAUUGCAGGACAUCGAACUAUGGUUUGAACAACGUUACAAAUAUAAAUGUAAUGCCUCAGCGCUCUUUGAUGAUCUUUUGGUUCAUUUAUGUCUCAUAGGACUUCAACAUAUGCUAAGCAUAACUCCAAGUGAACAACAGAACAAUUAUGAAUAUAACGCUUUUAGAAUGUCUGGUCUGGUGACAGUGAAUGUCACUUUAGGACGUCGUUGCGGCUACAAAUGCUGAGUAUAACUUGAACAUCGUGAACAUAAUUUUACCUCCAAUGCCACUGCAGGACUAAAAAUAUUUUGGUUUUCAUAACGCCUCAGCGCUCUUUGAAAAUGUCUGGUGAAUUCAACGUCGCGUAUGACGUGAACACUAUAAAUAUAUAUAAUGAAUAUCAAUUUUGUAAACUUUUUGAAAUUCAAUGAAUCAUACAUCUACACAAAAAAAUAUACCUUCACUGUCAUUGCAGGUCGUCAGAAUAUGGUUUGAACAACGUUACAAUAAAAAACAUAACGCCUCAGCGAUCUUAGGUCUAGUACAAUCGGUGUCACUAUGAAGUUAACAUGCUGAGCAUGAUGUUGACCUUACAUAAACAUAACUUCAUGUAUCUUCAAGGUAAUAUAUUGUACCUUCAAAUGUCAUUGUAAUAUAACGCUUACAUGCAUAAUUAUGGUUAAUCUCCAGCAUUCUUGGUCAUAAAACGAUAGUCAAAAUAAAAUGCACGGGCAAAUUUCAAUAGAUUCGAAUGAUUUCACCUGCAAGUAUAAGUUCUAAAUAGAACAAAUUUUAUGCAAUGUUGGCGUUGACGUUCUGUGUCGUGUAAACCGUGCUUCCGCCAUUUUAAUUAGGUAGCCUCGAUUGAAAAAGUCGUCAUUCUUGUCUAAAUUGUCGGUGAUAAAGGGCACACUGGUAGGUGCCAGCGUUUUUGUAUUGUUAUUACAAUGUUUAUGGGAAUUCUUUCGAACAUUUUGAUAACUGCAUCUCAAAAAUACUGGAUUUGUUACCUGAAUAUACAUUUAUUUGCUCAACCUGUUGAAAUCGAUUUUUUUCUAUAACAAUUCCUAUGAACGUAGCAUGCGAUGAAAAGAAAUAACCGUGAAAAAUAAAUUAUCAAGAAGAAUUACAGUUUAUGAAAAUAUUCCAUAGGGUUGAUCAAAUCUGCAACCUUUUGAGAUGUAGGUUUGAAAAUGUUCGGAAGAAAUUUCAUGUUGUCCACAUUUGUUUUUGUUGUCAACUGUACCCCGUACAGUAUAAUUUUAUAAGUGCAUGUUUUUUUUAUUGUAAAAUAUAAACAAUUGUUUUUC